GUAGCGGCAGAUGAGGGACCACCGUCCAUGGCCAAGGAUCGAGACUCAGAUGGCCGCUGGGGGCAUGAGUCAAGCAGCGAGGGAAGAGUGCAACCGGGUCAGGCACAGUAACAUCGCCAACUGGUCGUAUCUGCAAGGCCUAGUGGACACUGCUAGCAAAGCCACGGGAUCUGGACCCUUGGUACCCCGGAAACAAACUUGGAGGCGAGGGCCUUGGUGUCUGAGAUGCGUGACUGCCUGCUUCAAGAUGUUCUGGAAGAUCGCGUGGCUACCCCUUGGGCGUUUCAUGUACCUGAGCGCGGGAGCAGGGGACUCCCCAUGAGGUUUCGGCUUCUGCACGAGAAGGAACAGACAUCCCCAGGUCAGGCACGCGGAAUCCCAGCGCUGGUCCAGUUAAAGAGUUGCAACCGAGUCUUCCACUUAGACUGGGGACCAAGUAGACUAGGACCGAGUUUGCGCCGGCUUACAACCCCCCGUCCCCACGCCUGGAUGACGAUAAGAUCGGCCGUCUCACUUCAUGCAAGGCACGUACUCGGGGAAAAGAGACGAUUCCCUCCUCCCCGACCCAGUGCGGUGGAUAGUGGCGGUGGUGACGGUGGCAGUGGCGGUGGUGCUUGCUGCUGGAGAAGAUGCCAUUGUUUCAACGGCUCAGUCAUCGAGCCUGGGCUGUUUCAGGCCUGUUAGCAGGGCUAUUUUGACAAGAUAGACCAGCCAAGAUCUGAAAAUAGUCCUCCAGAACUGUGCCGAGUCAAGAUAUCCCCAGAGAUAGUAGCAUUCGGGGUUGGCGUUUGGCGGAGAAGUAUGGAAGCGAGGACGCUUGUGGGAUACCAUACCACCUCCUCACCGAGCUAAACCGUCUGAACGAGGAAGGUUGUCCGGGCUGGUCUCUCGAGGCCUGGACUG